CUAAUGCGUUCAAGAUCGUCCUGAGUGUGUAUGUAUCUAUCUAAACUAAAAAUAUCUUAACAAUAAUAUAAUAUAAUAAGAAGUUAGGGAUUGGUAGCCUUACGGAGAAUUUGAGCCUGGGAGUCAAAGUGAGCCAAAUUCCGGGAGAGAUUUCAGUGCCGAAGAUCUCAGCGGUGCCAGUGAGGAGACGAAGUCGGAGAGGUGUGUCCGGACCGACUUCGAUUCUAAGCUCGCACUCCUUCCCUACCUUCACCUGCCUCACCACCGCCGUUGACGCCGGACCUACGGGGGCGCCUCCGUACUCCAUCAUCAUCGACCUCUUUUUUCCGAGGACAGGGUAAGGGGCAACAGAGACUUGGAGAGUUAACUGGUGAGCGACGAAAACAGGAGUGCAAAAAAUGGGGAAGACAACGUACAUGAAACUAAAGGGAAGCCAGAACCUGAGGCAGCGUCUCGUUCUCUCGACACUUGCUUCCACUCCAAUUGUUAUCGAGGAUAUCCGCGCUGAUGAAACCUGGCCUGGCCUCCGCCCCCAUGAGGUCUCCUUCCUCCGCCUCCUCGAGAAGAUUUCUGAUGACUGUGUCGUCAAGAUCAACGAAACUGGCACAAAAUUGAAGUAUGAACCUGGGAUUGUGAAUGGUGGGAAACAUCUUGUGCAUGACUGUGGUGUUAGUCGGUCCGUUGGCUAUUUCUUGGAGCCACUAAUUGUGCUUGGAUUGUUUGGGAAGAAACCCCUUUCAAUAAGGCUAAAAGGGAUUACAAAUGAUUCUAAGGAUCCAUCUGUUGAUACUUUCCGAUCAACUACCUUACCAAUCCUGAAGCAUUUCGGAGUUCCUUCAGAAGGAUUGGAUCUGAAAAUUGAGUGCCGUGGUGCUCCUCCUCAUGGUGGUGGAGAAGUUUUUCUUUCGGUUCCUACUGUCCGAAGUAGUUUAACAGCAGUCACCUGGAUUGACGAGGGCAUGGUGAAGAGGAUUAGGGGAGUUACUUUUUCAACAAGAGUGUCUGCUCAGUUUGAGAAUACCAUGAUACAUGCAGCUCGAGGAAUUUUUAAUCGCCUGCUUCCGGAUGUCCACAUAUUUACUGAUCAUAAAGCUGGAGUUCAAGCUGGAAAGUCACCUGGCUAUGGAAUUUCACUAGUUGCUGAAACUACUACUGGCUGCUUCAUCUCUGCUGAUAGUGCAGUGUCUUAUGCACGUGGGGAUGAAGAGGGUGAAAUUGAAGACGAAGAGAAGAAAGAGCUUAUGCCACCAGUGGAUGUUGGGGAGCAAAUUGCUUCUAUAUUGCUUGGGGAGAUUGAACAAGGAGGUGUGGUGGACUCAACACACCAGGGUUUGUUGUUCAUUCUUUGUGCAUUAUGUCCACAAGAUGUUUCAAAGGUUCGCGUAGGGAAACUCUCGCCAUAUGGAAUAGAAACACUGAGGAACAUCAGAGACUUUCUAGGCGUUAAAUUUGUCAUCAAGCCAGAUCCAUCAACAGGGACAGUCAUACUUAAAUGCGUCGGGUGUGGAUUGACGAAUUUAUCCAGAAAGGCAUCAUGACAAGUGACAGUUAAUGAUUCUUCACGGUUGAUAGGUUGCUUGUGGAUCAAAGUAUAUUCAAAGAGCCUGUCGUGCAUGUAUGCAUGUUUUAUUGGCUUGCAAUUUUGAUACGGAUGGUUGUAACUUAUGAAGUUUUAGUAUCAAUUAAGUUUUAUGUUUUGUGAAGCAUGUAAUUGGAGCUAUAUUAUUCACAGCAUUGCUAUGAAACAAAACUCUCCCAACUUAUGAUGUUUUGUCAUGCAUA